UUUCUCUUCCUUUCUUCCUUUGAGAUGCCACAUGAUAUUUUCUCAAAAGACAGAAGUAGUGUGGUUUAUUCGAUGCAAAUGUUGAAAAUUCUUCCUCUUUACUUGUAGAUUAAAUAAAAAUACCUGCCGACAAAGUAGGCUGGCAGAUUCCUAUUAAUCAAUUUUUUUUUUUGCCAUAGCAACUUUACGUCAGAAUCCAGUAAGGCCGAGUUGCAGAUUUGGAACUGGGUUCUGUUCUUUUGAAAAUUUAUGCUACAAAGUUGAAAUCUCAAUGAAAUAUUGAUCGCAAUUGGGCCAGAAUUUAUUUAUCUGGGAUAUUCUUUUCUUCACUUUGUAGCAGAAGCAAUCCUUAGGCAUUGUUGGGGUGAAAUUCAAAUUCUUCUGUAAAAAGUAGCACAAGGAUCAGAAUUUCAUGGAAAAUAAUAAUUCCAAAGUCAGAUGCUCUCAGGAUGUUACAGGCGUGGAGGACAUAUCGAUUUGCUCCAGUAUUUUGCAAUUUCAUGGUUGGAAUUUGGAUGCUGCAGUAUAUUAUAUAGUGGAUGAUGGGACUCUCAAAGAAACACCCACAAGUUCUAUAUAUAGUAGCUUGAGUAAUUGGGUUCCAACAUAGAACAAACUGCCUAUCAUAAAGAAGGGAUUUCGCAAAUUCAACUCGGUGGAUUAGAUUCGAUAGAGAAUUUUUUGAUAGGGAAAAAGGUGAUUAUCAUUAUAGUUUAGCCCAAUCGGAUAAAUUUUUUGAUAGGGGAAGAGGUGAUUAUCAAUAUGGUUCAUCUCUGAGCCAAACCCCACAAGCUACUGUUUUUGAUAGGGAAAGGAGUGAUUAUCAUUAUAGCCUAUGGCUAGGUGAACCUUAACAAGAGAGUUCGUUUGAUAGAGAAGAAGGCGAUUAUCAUUACAGUUCCUAUCUAGGACAAAUCCCACAAGGUAAGUAUUUGGAAAGAGGAAAAAGGUGAUUAUCAUUAUGGUCUAACUCUAGGCCAAAGCCCACAAAGAAAGUUUUUAUGAUAGGGGAAGAGAGGAUUAUAAGAACAGCUAUCCUUUAGCCCAAACCUCAAAAUACGCUAUGGACAAUCAUGGAUUGAGAGACCCACUUGUUGGUAAUGGAGAUAACAGGGGGUGGAGGGAUCACCAACAGCAAGUGGGUUCUAGCUUAGAGCCGCAGUCUAGCUGUGCUGCUAUGAUGGCAAAGAUAAUUUCUCUGCCUUCGAGUAUUAUAGGGGGAGUGUCCAAAGCAGUAGGAUAUGGAAUGACAGUGGCAGGAGGAGUUUUAUCUCAUAUUGGCAUGGGCAGGAGACAUGGAGGACCUCAGAGGAUCCAGCAACAGAAUGCCUUUGUAGACCCCUUUUCAUCAUAUGUUCAGAAUGAUGAGCCUCCUGUGAUUCCAAUUCAAUCAGAAGCAUUAGCUUUUAUUAUAAACUUUGAGCAACAGUAUGGGCAUUAUCAUCCUUCCUUUGUGGAAUCAAAUUUCAUUGAUGCUUUAAGAAGGGCAAAAGACGAAUACAAAUUUUUGUUUGUGUAUCUGCAUUAUCCAGACCAUCCACACACCAAUAUCUUUUGUCAGAACACUCUCUGCUCCGAGCUUGUUGUACAGUACUUGAAUGCCAGCUUUGUUUGUUGGGGUGCUACAGUGAACAGCAGUGAGGGGUUUCGUAUGUGCAAUGCGUUACAAGCAACAACGUUUCCCUUUUGUGCACUCGUAACAUCUGCUUCAUAUGAAAGUCUUGCAGUAUUACAGCAGGUGGAAGGUCCAGUGCCUUCGGAAGCAUUGGUUGAGAUCUUACAGAGAGCAUUAGAAGAACAAGGUUCAGCUUUGAUGAAUGAGAGGCUUAAAGAAGAAGAUGGGAUCUUGUCAAACAGGCAGCUAAGAGAGAACCAGGAUGCAGCAUAUCAAGCGACACUAAGAGCAGACAAGGAGAGAGAUCAACGCACACAGUUGCAAUCUGGACAUGUCUCAAAGAAGUCAGAAGACAAAGAGAGGAAGAAGCCUGCAGAAAAAGAACUUCAAUCUCAAUUUCAUGGGAAAGAAAAUGCACCUGCUAAUGGUAUUCAGCCCGAGAAAGGUCCUAAUGUCACACAGAUUCUCAUACGGUUUCCUAAUGGAGAUCGAAAAGAGCACAGAUUCUUGUGUACAGACAAGGUGCAUUCUAUUUACAAAUAUGUUGAUUCCUUGGGUUUAGUAGGUGUUGGAAGUUACAAAUUAAUUGCAACUUUUCCAAGAAGAGAGUAUGGUUUUGAAAAGAUGAACUUCACCUUGAAGGAAGCAGGGCUUCAUCCACAGGCCAGUUUAUAUCUAGAGGUCUCUAAUAAACAGUGAGCCUGUAUAUCUACUUAAGUCUUAGCACUCCUUGCAUAUAAAUCAAUAUGUAUAGACUUUUCUCCUUAUGUAGGAAAUCAUCCACAAACUACUGAAUUAUAACUUGGAUUCUGUAUUCAUGUUCCACAAAUUAUAGAAGAAGGAUAAUCCUGAAAAGUGAUAAGUGAUUUGGAAUUAUACGCGUAACUGUAGAAGAAAAGAAAAUCUUGUAAAGAAACAAAGCAGUUUCGGAUAAUACAUGUACCUAUUGAUAGCA